AUGGAGUUCGACUAUCCACAUUCUUCACCCACAUCACCCCCAUCAUCACCAACAACGACCUUCCAGCAUCAUAGGCGAGGACGACCAAUUUUGGGACAUGCAAAGACACAUUUCACGACGUCUACUACCACCAGAAAAGUGCUCGUCAGCCUUUGUCUUCUCUGCCUUUCGGUGCUGUUGGUAGCGGUCGGCGCCUCCGCCGAGCCCGAGGAGCAGACGAGCCUCAGCAGCAGUCUCUGUGAUCCUGACGGGCCGCUGGCGCUGGGCAUGGAAUCGGGCGCCAUUGCUGACUCGGCACUCUCCGCCUCCUCCGCCUAUGAGAUGCUCCAUGUCGGCCCGAAUAAUGCAAGGCUAAAGACCGACAACGCCGGCGGCGCCUGGUGUCCGCAGAAGCAGCUGGACGCCGGCAACUCCGGCUCCGAGUGGAUCCAGGUGGACCUGGGCGCCUCGCACGUGAUCACCGGCGUGGCGACGCAGGGCCGCUACGGCAAGGGCAUGGGCCAGGAGUUCACCGAGGCCUACCGACUGCUCUACUCGAGGGCGAACGCCCCGGACCGGUGGAUACUCUGGCGCAGCUCGGAUAAUGUCUCG